AUGAAGGUUAUAUAUGUUUUGUUAUUGUUGAUUAACUUGUUGAGGUGUUCAGCCGGGCCUUCUGCGGCAAUAUCGAGAAGGAACGUGACUUUGGACUUAACUUUAAGCGCUGCAAACUCACCCAGCAAAGUCGUACCGAACACACCUAACAAUGAAGAUGUUCCAGCUGGUUUUAAGAAGUUUGUUAUCUUCGGAGACACUCACGGGCACUACUUUAACGUUACUGAUGUGCUCUACAAUAACGUCAACUUGAGGAUUAACGGCGCCGACAUCAGCCGGAACUACGUCUACGACGUGUUUUCCUACUGGAACGAUGACCAAAUUCUCGCUUUCUGCUUCAGGUACGAUUAUGAACGUUCUCACUCCAAGUACGAGUACUACAAUGUAAUUCAAGGCGUGUGGAAGGAAGUGAAAGAGAGCGACUUCGAAGCAAACAGUAACGGCAAAAUCAGUGGCGCUGGCCUGAAAAAAUUACUUAAAUUCACUGAAAGUCAAAAUCCCAAAAUCACUCCAGACGGAGAUAAAAAGGAAGGCCAGAAAAAUAAAAAGCUACUCAUCAUCAUCGCCUCCGCAGUUGGAGGUAUUUUCGUCCUUUUACUACUCGGCUUCCUCGCGUACUACGUUUUCAAAAAAUGA